UGUAUUCAGACAGGAAACGCCAAUGCUGCCAUAAAAUCUGCCUACGUUUUACUGCAAGCUGCUUGACACCCGGAGCUCCGUACAACUUUGAUUCAACUUUGAUUUUUCUAAACAUGAUUUUUGUAUCUCAUUUCCUCAUCAACCAACUUGGCGAGGCUAGCGGAGGGCUACCUCAACACUUCUUUAUAAACAGGAAACUUGAUAAGGCCCAAUCUCAAGGUUUUUGGACUUUGUUUUUCUUUACAACCAUGGCAGAUUGGGCUUCAGUUGUUAUUCUUGUGUUGGCCUCCUGCCAGAGAAAUGAGCAUUUCAUGCACUAGAAAGAAUAAAACGGGGACAAACUACAACGAAUCCAGACAUCGAAACCAGAGCAGACAGAUUUGAACUUUCAACCUUUGCAGAUUACCAAGGGGAUGUUAAAAAAUAGGCAUUAUUGUAGGUUAAGAAUGUGUGGUGAAUCUGCUGCUUCUGUUUGCCACCAAACAGGAUUUUCCAGUGUAACCACAUGCAGGACCUCCCACCUGAAGCCUGACGGCCAAACCUGAAUAACACAAGCAGGAAUUUAUCUACCAACAGAGAGAUGCAGACGUGUUUAAGCUGAAGUAAGAUACAAAUUUACGGGAUUGGUAGGAGGAAUGAGCUUGUAGAAAUACUCCGCAGUAGUUUUUAAAUGCUCUGUAGAUAAUUGCAGAGAUUUCGCAAACAUAACACGAGGGUGAAAAGAGAUCUGCUCUGCCAUACCUGUAAGUCCUGUAUGCAGAACUUCCUGUCUUGCAAACAACCAUGCAGCAGUACCCGCUGACUUUUCCUCUUUGAAGAAGCGACAUGUUGCUCUAAAUACCUAAAAAAGAUAUGAAGCUUGUGAAAGGAGCUGUGUCUGGGAUAGGCAUCCUGAGAAAAUGGGCAGUUUUUUCCAUGGCAGCACUGGUGUUGCUUUUGUUAUUGAACGACCCAUUUCUGAUACUCUGGUGGCCUCAGAGACCUCUCGAGAAAACAGAAGUGGUGGUUUCACCUCUGGAUAUGGCUACAGACUCCAUCGACGACAUGUAUGCAGGCUGCAGACCUGAAACCGCCGCAGUGAUUGACCUGUUUGGUGUGUUUGAGUGGAAUUACAAUGGAAACUUCAGCCAGGCCUGGGCUUUCGCUGAGAAAUAUGCAAAUAGGCCUGUGCACGAGCGCUUAAAAGAAGACCACGCUAUUGCGAUGUAUAUGUACACGAAACUGUCACACAUCCGGGAGGUUUUCAACAAAGCCGUGAAGACAGGGAAGCACAUGUACAACACGCACAGGUUUAGAUUCCACUACUUGUACUUUUUCCUGACUGACGCUAUUCAGAGCCUGCGUCACAAUCAGACGUCGUGCAGAACCACCUACCUCAGGACGUGGAAACACUUUGACCAAAAUGUGGUCCACACACAGGUGCGUUUUGGUCAUUUUGUCUGGGCAGCAUCCAGCAGUCUGUCAUUUGAACUUCAUGGCAACGUGUCCUGCUUUGAGAUCUACACGUGCUACGGAGCUGACAUCACGUAUUACUCCGGCAUCAAGCAGCAGGGGCAGGUGCUCGUCCCCACCUAUGAGGUCUUCAAAAUCACUAAAGUUUCCAAGCGUGAGCCCUGGUGCAGCGUGGUCUACAAGCUGGAAAGCACCAGAGUACCAAGAGCCGACCAGAACUGCAAACUUGGAGAAGAGCGAAGUGAAACAUUUUUAGCAGCUGCCAGAACAUUCUGGCUCGGACACAGCACUGUGAAGGUGUGGAUUUGUGCACUCCUGCUGGUGGUUUGCUCUAUGGUUCUUGUCAGAGGAAAGCAGACACGUUUUGUCGCUGUUGUGCUGGGAGCUCUGCUUUUACUGAUGGUUGGUGUGUUAUUGUUGAGUUAGCCAGCGAAAAUAAAUGAAAUCCUUCCUCCAAGGUAGUAUUUAAAUUGUGAUGUUGAUGCAAAAGGAAUUUAAACAGUUAAAUGUUUCCUCAUAAGCAACUCAUCCUCAAUUCUUAAAAAAAAUAUUGAAUGAUUUUUAAACUGAAAUGUGUUGGGAA